UUGGUCACUGUGGCAUGCUCAGUUCGUCCUUUGACUUCAGGAUUUGCCAUCCACUCAUCUCUUUCAUUUGUCAUUUUAGCAUGCUCAUUUUUCUUCUUUGACGUCUAUAUACACAUUAUAUAUAUACAGUAUAAUCCAUCCCAUUUUUCCAUUCCCAAAAGUUAUAAACAAAAUGGACCAAGAUCAAGAACUCAAAGUGACCCAGAUGAAAAAAGUUGUUCAAAAUCUUGGGUCUUCAACUGAGAAAUAUGGAGACCCAACUUUAGUGAGGUUCUUGAUUGCAAGAUCCAUGGAUCCAAAUAAGGCUGCAAAAAUGUUUGUUUCUUGGCAAAAAUGGAGAGCUUCUUUUGUUCCAUUGGGGUUUAUUCCUGAUUCACAAGUGAUGGAUCAAUUAGAAGAUAAAAAGAUUUACUUACAAGGCUUAUCCAAAGAUGGAUUUCCUCUUGUGAUUGUGAAACUUUGCAAGCAUUAUCCUGCAAAAGAUCAGCCACAAUUCAAAAAAUUUGUGGUUCAUUUGCUUGACAAAACAAUUGCAAGUGGUUUCAAAGGAAAAGAAAUAGGAAAUGAGAAGCUGUCUGCUGUCCUUGAUUUAGAUCAAUUAUCUUACAAAAACAUUGAUGCUCGUGGUAUAAUCACCGGGUUUCAGUUUUUACAGGCAUACUACCCGGAGAGGUUAGCAAAAUGUUACCUUCUGAAUAUGCCAUGGUUUUUUGUGAGUGUCUGGAAGAUGAUUUCUCGAUUUCUGGAGAAAGCAACUUUAGAGAAGAUUGUAAUAGUAAGCGACGAGGAAGGGAAAAGCCAGUUUGUUAGAGAAGUCGGAGAAGAUGUUUUGCCGGAAGAAUUUGGUGGGAAGGCGAAACUUGUAGCACUUCAAGAUGUUGUGCUUCCUCCACUCGAGGAUCAAUCAUAAAUAAUGUAACGAUACUUGGAUAAGAAUUAUGUAAUGCUGAUUUAAAUCAAAAUAAAAGUUUAUAACUUAAAAAAGGUUAUUAACCAA